GAGAUCCUUGCUACUCUACAAUGUAGCCAAUAUAGCCUUAUUUAUUCUCUUAGAUAUUUGUGGAGCUAGAACCCAAUUCAACGUGAUGGCUUUGCAAGGGUUGUCUAAGGGUGUUUCUGAACAGUAUAUGCUACAACGGCACGACCGGACCUUCAAAAGAAUUCUCGAGGAGAUUUCCGAUUUAGAUAUCCUUUCCCAAAAACAUUCCCCGACAGUCUUUCCUGUCUAUGCACACGCCGCAGAACAUGAAUUUGUUGCAGAGAUCUUCGAAUGGUUGAAAGUCGGUACAUCAAAAGUAUUUGGCGACCGAUCACCAUUUCAGUAUUGGUAUGGUCGCGAGAACGGCACUGCAGGAAGUGAUAUACUAUCAAACCAAUUCUGUUUACUACCAAGGUUUGUCGAAGUGGAGGACAGUCAUGAUAUCAAGAGUGUCGACAGAGUCAUUAUGUUCUGUUCAGAAGUGAUUCAAUACUAUCUCGAAGAUGAGAGGAUGAAGGGAUACAUCGAAGAUAUCAAAGAAGUUUAUUUUAAGUUUGAAAAAGAAUGUCGCCUUAAGACUUUGGGUGGUUUGGAAGAAUUCAAGGAAGAAAUACGAAAAAUUGCAAAGGAAUAUAGAACAAAAGAUGGUUAUCACCGUGUGCUCACUGAACUAGCUUUCUUGGAGAUUCGCUCUAUUCAUAUGGGAAGAAACCAUGGGAUCAUCCCGGUCUUGCUCAGUGGGGAUAAUAUCGAUUAUCUUCCAUUUUUCGAGACUGACGAUCGUAUUUGGGUAUCGAUCAGCCUCAAGUCGAAUGACCAACCUACGAACUCAAUGAGUCUCAAACAUGAAGCAUUUCUGAAACUACUAUGUCAAGUCUAUACCGAAGACUGGGAGCAUAUCAACGCGCUUAAACAAUGCUAUAAAAUCUGCACCAAAUUUGAGUCGAAUACUCCACCAGAAAAGUUCGAAAAUAUGUUGGAGCGAGAAAUCUUGAGGGUAACAAAAAAAAUAAAUCAUAAAAUGAGAGGUGACUUUCGAAUAGGUGCUCAGCUUCACCAGCCUUACAAUGCUACAGCUACCGCCCAGAGAAAUCGUUGUUUAGCUGCCUUGCGGACUACGGAUCCACAAGCGGACAAAGAACGUAUCCAAGAGACUAAAGGAGGACUACUCGGAAAUGUAUCCAACUGGAUUUUCGAUAACAAUGAUUUCCAACAAUGGCGCUACAAUCAAGACAAUUCCCUGUUGUGGAUCAAAGGAGAUCCUGGCAAGGGAAAGACUAUGUUGCUCUGUGGUAUAAUAAAUGAGCUGCAGAGAUCGGAUGAGGCCAUCUUAGCCUAUUUCUUUUGCCAAGGUACCGACGAACGUAUUAACAAUGCUAUAGCUGUUCUACGUGGCCUCAUCUAUAUGCUUAUAAGUCAACAACCUGCGCUUUCCUCGCAUUUACAAGAGAAAUUUGAGGUGGCUGGCGAAAAUCUGUUCAAAGAUACCAAUACAUUCACAGCUCUUUCUGCGAUUCUCAAGGCCAUGUUAAAGGAUGAGAGCUUGAAGCCAACAAUCUUGAUCAUUGAUGGACUUGACGAAUGUCAAAAUGACCUAUCGCGAUUACUUAGCCUGAUUGUUUCAGGCUUGUCCAUUUCUUCUCGUGUUAAGUGGCUUGUCUCUAGUCGGAACUGGCCUGAAAUUGAAGAGCAGUUACAACGGGCCGAGCGGGGAACCGGACUCAGUCUCGAGUUGAAUAACGAAUCAGUAUCCGCUGCUAUCGAGCUAUAUAUACGAGAGAAGGUCGAAUACCUUUCCAAAAUAAAGAACUAUACAGGAAAGAGGCAUCAUGAUGUUGAACGCUAUCUCAUAAAAAAUGCGAGUGGAACCUUUCUUUGGGUGGCUUUGGUCUGCCAAGAUCUUGAGAAUGCUCGACUACCCAUGCCUUUGGAACUACACAACUUCCCUCCUGGGCUUGACUCCCUAUAUCAUCGAAUGCUACAGCAAAUCAAAGAUAUAGGAGAUGGAUAUAUAACCAAUAUCUGCUUUCAGGUUCUAGCUAUUAUGGUAAUAACAUAUCGACCUAUUACUCUUGACGAACUGGUAUCUUUAAACAAUUUGGAUGAAGUCUUACCAAAACAAAUCAUACAAUUAUGUCGUUCUUUUCUGAUUAUUCGAGAGCAAAGUAUAUUCUUUGUUCACCAGUCAGCGAAGGAUUUUCUUUUGAAAAAGGCUACUAAAACUAUAUUUCCCAAUGAUAUUAGCGAAGUCCAUAACAAGGUAUUUCUAAAUUCGAUGACCGCUAUGAGCAAGACGCUCAAGCAGGAUAUAUACGACUUGCAGUAUUCCGGCUUUCCUAUCGAUGAAGUUAAGCAGCUCGAUCCCGAUCCAUUGACUCCUAUACGGUAUUCCUGUAUUUACUGGAUUCACCAUUUAAGAGAUGGCAAUCGUGAACAAAACAGAGAACGUAUUCAAGAUAACAGCAAUAUUCACGAAUUCCUCAAAAAGUAUUUGCUAUAUUGGCUGGAGGUUAUGAGCUUGAUGAGGAAAACUUCAGAGUGCAUCAAUGCAAUAAAUACCCUCGAGUUUUAUGUUCCAGCUAACAGAGGUUCCGAACUCUAUGCACUCAUACAUGACGCUAAACGCUUCGUCCUUCACAAUCGAACAGGAAUUGAACAAGCUCCUCUUCAGAUAUAUUGCUCAGCUCUUUUCUUCGCUCCAGAAAAUAGUAUUGUUAGAAAAACCUUUCAAGAACAUAUUCCAAAUUGGAUUUAUAGAAUAUCGAGAACGCAGUCUAAUUGGAGUUCUACCCUUCAAACACUUGAGGGUCAUUCCGAUUGGGUCGAUUCAGUCACCUUCUCAUCAGAUGGCACAAAGCUAGCUUCAGGCUCUAGUGAUGGAACGAUUCGGCUUUGGGAUACAGCUACAGGUGAAUCACUUCAAACAUUUGAGGAUCGUUCCAAUUCAGUCAACUCGACUGCCUUUUUACGCUCAAUCACCUUUUCACCAGACGGCACAAAGAUAACCUCAUGCUCCAGCGAUGGAACGAUUCUGCUCUGGGACACAGCUACAAGCGAAUUGCUUCAAUCAUUUCAAGGCUAUUCGAGCUCUGUUUAUUCGGUUUCAUUGGAUGGUACAAAAGUAGCUUCAGGCUCCAAUGAUGGAACGAUUCUGCUCUGGGAUACAGCUACAAGCGAAUUGCUUCAAUCAUUUCAAGGUCACUCGGAUUCAAUUAAUUCAAUUGCUUUCUCACCAGACAAUACAAAAAUAGCUUCGGGUACUGAGGUGAUUAAGCUUUGGGAUACAACUACAGGCAAAUUGCUUCAAACACUCCAGGGUCAUUCGAAUCUAAUAGAUUCAAUUAUUUUUUCAUUAGAUAAUACGAAAAUAGCCUCAGGAUCUAGAGAUCAAACAAUCCGAUUAUGGGACAUAUUUACAGGCAGAUUGCUUCAAAUAUUUGAGAGUUAUUCAAUUAAUGAAAUUAUUCUCUCGUCGAAUAAUACAAAAAUAGCUUCAAGAUCUAGUGAUGGAACAAUCCGGCUUUGGGAUGCAACUACAAGUAAAUUGCUUCAAAUACAUCAAAAUCAUUCGAGUCCAAUUAAUUCUAUUGCCUUCUCAUUAGAUGGUACAAAAAUAGCUUUAGGUGCGGAAACAAUUAAGCUUUUGGAUACAACCACAGGCGAAUUACUUCAAAUACUUGAAGGUCAUUUGAGUUCAGUUUAUUCAAUUGCUUUUUCACUGGAUAAUACGAAAAUAGCUUCAGGCUCUAUUGAUAAGACAAUUCGACUUUGGGAUAUAGCUACAAGCGAAUCAUUUCAUACGCUCGAGAGUUAUUCAGGUUCGGUUAAUUCAACUACCUUUUCAUCGGAUAAUAGAAAAGGAGCUUCAGGCUUUUAUGGCGGGGGGGUCCGGCUUCGGGGUGCGGCUAUGUGUGGCUCGCUUGAAACGCUCAAAGUUCACUCGGAUUCUAUUUUUUCGAAUGUUUUGUUACCAGAUAGUAGAGGAAAAGCUUCAGAUUCUUGUAAUCAAUUAGUUCGGGUUUGGGAUACAGUUACAGACAAAGCAUCUCAAAUGAUUCAAAUUCAUUCAGACUUAGUCGAAUCAAUUGCUUUCUCGCCAGAUGGUACAAAAGUAGCUUCAGGCUCUUUUGAUAAAACAAUCCGGUUUUGGGAUGCAGUUACAGGCAAAUUACUUCAAAUUCUUCGUCAUUCGAAUCAUGUUAAAUCAUUUGCUUUUUCGCCAGAUGGUACAAAAAUAGCUUCAGGCUCUUACGAUGGAAUGAUUUGGCUUUGGGACACAGCUACAGGCAAAUUGCUUCAAAUAUUUCAGAGUCAUUAUUCAAAUUGGAUUGAUUCAAUUGCUUUCUCACCAGAUGGUACAAAAAUAGCUUCACGCUCAAACAAUAGAUUCAAUAGGACAAUUUGGGUUCGGGUCUGGGAUAUAAAUACAAAUAAAUUGCUUCAAACAUUCCAGGAUCAUUCGGGUUCAGCUACUUCGAUUUCUUUUUCAUCAGAUAGCACGAAAAUAGUUUCAGGCUUCUAUAAUCAAACAAGUCGGCUUUGGGACAUAGCUACAGGCGAAUCGCUUGCGUCGCUCGAAGACCAUGCAGGUUUAGCGGUAUCCUCAGCCUUCGAACGGGGCAUAUCAAACCAUUGGAUAACUGAAGGGUCGAGUAAAGGAGAGCAAAAUAUUCUUUGGCUGCCUCCAGAUUAUCGACCCUUUUGCACAUGUUUCCAUAAGGGAUCUUUAGCUAUGGGUUUUUCCAAUGGUAACGUUUUCAUUUUUAAAUUGGACACAAAAACAGGUUUCGUGGUAUCUGGGUAAAAAUCAGUUCUAUUAUAUUUGUAAAGGUCUUAAGGCAUGGUAAUGAAAUGAAGCAAUUAUCUACACUAGAGAAUAAUAAACACUAUACAAAGAACA